UCGUCGUUCUGUGCCUUAUUUUAAUGUUAAGUGACUUGAUUUUACAACUACUUUAUUCCAACGCUUUUGUGGAAUUGUCUUUAUCGAUCCAAUAGUGAAUAGAACACGAAUCAUGAUGCAGUCUCGAGCUAUUUAUUUGGUCGCAUGCGGUUUGGUGGUGCUGCUUAGUUUCGGCGUCCAAAUGGGUUCGGCCAUCAAAUGCUGGGAGUGUCGUUCAGAUUCCGAUCCGAAGUGUGCAGAUCCUUUCGACAAUAGCACACUUUCCAUCACAGAUUGUAGACAGGUGGAACGGAAGGAACAUCUUCCCGAGGCGCAGGCGACAAUGUGCCGCAAGAUUCGACAGAAAGUGAACGGAGAGUGGCGUUACUUCCGUAGCUGUGCCUUUAUGGGUGAACCCGGCAUCGAGGGUGACGAGCGAUUCUGCCUGAUGCGUAGCGGUACCUACAACAUCUUCAUGGAGUACUGUACCUGUAACAGCAAGGAUGGUUGCAACGGGGCGUCGUUGCGUACCCCAACCAUACUCACGGUGCUAGGUGCGUUACUACUGGUCGUAUCAACAGCGAUCGGUUUCCAUCGCGUUUAAUGCAGCUUAGACCAAGAGUUUAGGAUGGCAUGCCAUAGGAGUUUUUUUUUGCAGAACUUGCAGUCGGUAGAAGUAUGACAACAAACACGGGAAGCUACUGUUCCGAUGCUUAAUUACAUUCCGUCCUCUAUUGAAUCUCCCGUCAGUAUUCGGUGCAUUUUUGUAUCUGUUCCGAUGAUGAUUCUACAUGAAGUAAUAAACAUUUUUUUAAGUAAA